CUGGCUGGGGGGUUGAAAAUCAACCACUUUUGUGAUGAUUUCGGCUAGAGCUGCUCUUUUUUUCUUGCUCGUGUAUAAAUAUGUUGGGAAAAGUUUCAGAAGACAUCAGUUAGCUUUGAACAUUUACCAGUAUUACAAUUGCUAAGCUUAAACAGUUGAAAAAUGAAGGUUUUUGUAGUUUUUGCUAUGACCAUCGCUAUCGUGGUCAGCGCUGCCGUGGAGACCAAAGAGGCUGAAAAGUCCGUUGCUCCAGCGGAGAGCGAGAAGAAACAGGAUAAGCGUGGUCUGUGGGAUUUGGGCUAUGGAUACGAUUCGCACGGUUACGAUCAUUCACUGUCUCACGUUUCUCACGGUUGGGAUGAUCCUCAUCACGUUACCACCAUCAUCAAGAAGGAACACAUUCCGGUCCCAUAUGAGGUUGAGAAGCACAUCCCAUAUCCAGUGAAGGUCCCAUACCCAGUGACCGUCGAGAAGCACGUUCCAGUCGUCGUUGAGAAGAAGGUUCCAUAUGUCGUCGAGAAACCAGUGGCCGUUCCAGUUAAGGUUCCGUACAAAAUCAAGGAAUACGUUGAGGUUCCCAAACCAUACCCAGUGCACAUCGAAAAACCAUACCCAGUCUAUGUGAAGAAGCCAGUUAUCGUUGAGAAGCACGUCCCACUGUAUGUCAAAUCUCAUGGUUGGGAGCCACACAGCCACUCCUACUCCGAGUACCACUCGUACCACUAAAGACUGGCUAUAGUGCAUAGACCACCAAAUCAACCCAUUCCCAAAAAAAAACAAAUGUUAUUAAUCGUGUUAUUUGAAGCUCAAAUUGCUCUUACAUUGUGAUCUUCAUAUCUCAUCGCAUCCAUUUCCAUGGAUAUGAUAGCUUUUUUGUUGUAUUAUAACCAGAGAGUAUACUCAGAUUUUCAUCCCACAGAACAACACAUAGCUCUCUGCAACAAAUCAUUUUUUCAACUUGUUGUCCAAAGCAAAUAUAUUAUUCUACAUUGCUUACACGUUGUAAGCAAACUGUAACGAACAAAAUACAAAUAAAAAAAAAGCUAAAAACUGAAA